AUGGGCACUCCUCCCGAGUCGGAUUUCGGAACUGAGGGCAUUGGCAACGACAUCGCCAAGGGUUUACCUUCAGUCUGCGACAUUGAUGUUGAAGUGACGGAGGUCCGCUGGUCGGACUGCUGGGGCGAUGCCGUGAUCGGUGAUGGGGUGGCCACUGGUGAGUUGCAUGGUUGCAUGACCUACACGCACACCUUUGGCGCCCGCAACCGUUUCUGCGAGUUCAGCGCACCCAUCUUGAUGGACAACAAGCCGGCAGGCAUUCUGGUGCGUUUGGAUGCAAAUGGCAAGCCCGAAGUCGAUGGCAAUUCCGACCUCUCAGGUUUGAAGGUGGUAGAUGUGGUGGGCUGGGCUCCCACUGCCGACACCUUAGCCUUGGCGGAGAACAAGUGCACGAAGCAACGCUUCACCGGCUUCACCAUGGUGAAGCCGACGGUGGACACAGGGAAUGCAAACAACGACGCCCUGAAGACCUUGCUGGACGGAGGUGCGGACGCCAUGUGGGUCUACGCCGACCAGGUGAAAAGCUACCAAUGCGGCCCAGGUGUCUCUCCCAACUGGGACUGCGACAUGUGGGCACUCUUCGGCACCAAGUUUGCUUAUGUCCAGACAGGCUUGUUCGGCCAUGCGAAAGCAGGCACAACCUUGGCCCUUUCAAAGAAAGGCUCUGGGUUGGCAGAGAUUCUGAACCCCUGCAUUGAGAAGUUCUUAAAGACCCAGGCAUACUACGAUAUUUGCAAGAAGCACGGUUUUGAAGACAGCUGCUUCCCCAACGAGUUCUUCCCCAGCAGCAACGCCGCAACCUUGACCUGGGAGCUGCCAACGGAUCAGCUGACCACCACCUGCGCGGAUGGAUAUUGUCCCUGCCCAGCAGUGGUAUAG